UAGAAUUACAUUAUUAGAAACAAAUGUGCUUUAAAAUUCAGGAUCUCAGAUUAACUAUUUCUAGUAUCGAUUAUCGCAUAAAUAUAGUCAAAACAAUUUUCCUAGUUUCACUGCUUCUCGUGUGCCUGGAGGGAGGUCCUCCUUCAACAUAAACCGUACCUUCAAACCAGGUAUAAACUUCAACAUGGUGACUUUCAAACCAUUACUAGUUUUUAAAGACGAAUUUACAAUUGUUAUUUCAGAGUAGGAUUGGGGUUCAAGUUAUAAUUAAAUUAUUUACUUAUUUUAUAUACAUAUUAACUGUAGAGCCUAUGCAACCCCCUGUGGAUUGAAAACAAUCGUUUGGGGAUAAUUUAGGCUUAGGUGAUAUAAAAAAUGUAUGCAUAUAGAUGUAUGUUAAGCCUUUCACUCCCCAGUCAAUUAUGACCUUGGCCAUUAUAUCAGCAAGCAAAGUUCAUGUAUCGCUGAUCAAGAUCUUGGCUCCUGUAUCAAUAUGGUGUUUUUUUGCGGGACUUAGUGAAACAACUAUGGAGGUACCAUACAUAAAUUGGAUGAGGAGUAUCAGUGUUUAUGAAAGCCCCUCGCACAUCUACCUCGUUGGUUCUGAUGUUGGGGAACGCCAUUUCCGAAUUCUCAAGAUCGCUCGUGCUCCUGUUCCCUUAAAGGAAGAUCACUUGUGGCUUGAUAAAGAGUGUAGUGCUUCUGAAGCAACUGUUGAAGCAGAAAGUUUAGUUGAUCGAAUAUGGCGUCUGAAUAUAAUUGAGGAUCCUCAUAUUUAUUCCAAAUCAGAAUUAGCACGAUUGCUGCAUGUUAUCCAGGCAACUAGUCGGCGUUUCCAUUCACAAACUAGUUCUCAUGGUAACGACAAGUUGGAGCCAUCAAAAUCUCCUAAAUGGUCACUUUUUUCAAAGCGUCGGACUCAGGAACAUUUGCCCAAAAUCGACGAAACUUCAUCUAUUUCGAAUUUAAAUAUAUCUAACGAUAUGCUUUCUAAUCCAAAGGAUUUACAGCAAGCUGCAGCUUCUGCUCUGUUCACUGGCAGCAGUAAACGUUCUCUAGUUUUAGUUACAAAAUGCUAUGGGGUCGUUGGAGUUGUACGAUUUCUACGUGGUUAUUACCUUAUCUUAAUUACUAAAUACUCAGUGGUUGCACAAUUAGGUGAACAUCAAAUCUGUAAGGUUGAAGAUACUGCUAUACUUUAUAUUCCUGGCAAUGAUUUUGUUGAUGAACGUGGACUUGCAAAUAAUGGUUCCAGAAGUCAUUAUUCUUCAAUGUCUUCUUUAAAUAGUACAGUUUCACAAGAUCUUGAUAACGAUUCUUGCUCUAAUGAAGAUGAACAACAAACAGGAUUAUUUCAUCUUAUUAAAAGUUCUAUAGGACGUAAGAAACUCUCCAGUGAUGAAAUGCGAUAUUUAAAGCUAUUUAGCAGUGUAGAUUUAGCUAGCAACUUUUACUUUAGUUAUACCUAUGAUUUAUCUCAUAGUUUACAAUAUAACAUGGAGCCUUUAUUUAAGUCUGAUUGUCAAGAAUAUAUCCAUCUACUAACAUCAAAAUAUAUACCCAAUGAUAAGUAUGUUUGGAAUUGGAGAUUAAUUCCACCGAGAUUUCGACCAGGGUGUAACCGUAAUGGCUCUCGUCUCAUUAGUGAUCAGCCUGAAUGGUUCACUUUGUUAUUUCAUGGUAGUAUUAGUCAAAUAGCCUUAUCUGCUUGCCGAAUGCCAAUGAUGGUUACUCUUAUUGCCCGUAGAUCAAGGCAUUUCGCUGGUCGCCGAUUUUUGAAACGUGGCGUUAAUUUGGUUGGUGAUGUUGCAAAUGAAGUGGAAACAGAACAAAUAGUACAUGAUAGCUCAUAUUCAUUUCUUCGUCAUGGACGCGUUUCAUCAUAUGUACAAAUGCGUGGUUCUGUACCGUUAUUCUGGUCACAAGAGUCUUCUAAAGUUGUUGUUGGCAGACCGCCUUUAGAAAUUUUACGUGAUGAUCCAUUCUAUGAAUCGAUGGAGAAAAGACAAUUUGAAACAAUUUUAUCUGAUAGAUUUGAACGUGGAAUUACCUAUUUAAGUCAAUUUUUACCUUCUAGAAUUCUCCAACCAUCUGAUUCAUUAAGUACACUUUUUAUCGAAACAAUUGAUAGUAGUCCACCUAUUAUGUACAUUGGAUUUGAUAUCGCUCGUGUGCAAAAAAUGAAACGUACUGUUGUUUUAAAUAAAUUACAACCUAUUAUAGACAAUUGUGUACGUCGUACUGGAAUAUAUUUCUCAUCAUCUGCUUCUUUACCUAUCUCAGAAAUUCAAUUUGAAAAACAUAGAACAAUUGGUUUCAACUCUAAGCAAUGUGGAAUAAUCCGAGUAAAUUGUGUGGACUGUUUGGAUCGAACUAACACUGCACAGUUUGUUAUCGGUCGAGUUGUUUUAGCUUAUCAGUUGUAUGGAUUAGGCUUUUUAGCUGAGCCAGAUUUUAUGGAUAACUCACAAAUCGAUCGAUUACUACAGGAUUUAUAUGAUGAACAUGGAGAUACACUGGCCUUACAAUAUGGCGGUAGUCAAUUAGUGCACAAUAUAAAUACUUAUCGUAAAGUAAAAAAGCUCUCUAGUCACUCGCGUGAUUUUGUUCAAACACUGUCACGAUAUUAUUCUAAUAAAUUUUCUGAUUGGGAAAAACAGUGUGCAAUAAGUUUAUUUUUACGCAUUUAUCGUCCUAAUUUAUGGUCUGGUACACUAUAUGAUUUCAUAAAAAAUCAUCUAAUUCCAAGGUAUUCAGUAGAUGAGACUGAUACAUUCAAAUCAGACAUACCAACUCUCUUUCAUUCAGACACAGAUCAAAUUCUAGCCAGUGUCGCUGCUUCAUUGUCUGGUUGUAUCUGGGAUAUGUGUAGUGAUGCUUAUUUACAUUGGUUGGACGCUUGGGCACGUUUACCAACAAGUCGCUCUUCACUAACUGAUUGGUGCUCUCGUGAUCUCUUACAAUGUUUACCCAGAGCAAUGGAUAUAACACAAAAGUCAGUUCUUUAUAAUGGUCGGUGCCUUGUGUUACCAUCAAAUGAUAUCAGAGUUGAUUGGUUCAAUGAAUUUUAUGAUUUAACAUCUUAUGUCGAUUUGGAUCGUUUCUCAAAUCCCCAUAUCCGGUCAACUGAACUUGUUGUUGAACAUCAUUUAGGUGAUUAUAUGAUUCCGAAGUCAUAUCCAAAUUUAAAGACCAAUGAACAAUUACAUUCGCAACAUAGCAACAAUAAUAAUAUAAAAUACACGUCUGUUCCUGAAAAAGAUCAACUUACUAACUGCAGUUAUCCUACAUUAUCAAAUAUUUACAUGGAUUUAGGUCGUUCAAUAUGUGCUGCACAUUCAUUUCCUAAUUUUACUGACAUACCACAUUUCGAUUGGUCUACUAAACAAAAUCUUUCGUCUAAAUAUUAUAAAGAUGGCAACAAUUCAAAUGAAGCAUUGAAUCAUUCAAUUAGUAAUGUUGAAUUAAACAAAACAAAAAAGUUUAAAAAAGCAAAAGACAAAUGUCCAGUAAAUAAUAAUUUCGAUGAUGAAAAAGACAAAAAACAACAAGAAAAAUCUGCUGUUGCUGAGGAUGAUGGUGAUAAUGAUGAAGAUAAAUCUAGUUCAGAUAGCGAUUAUGAAGAGUCGAUAGAUAAUUGUAUUAAUUUCUUUCCGCCCGAUUUGAAUCUGUUUCAAUUGCUUCUUGAUCCAGACUUAUCAGUAAUACAAUCUAAACGUCUACCUGACAAAUAUUUUGAUAAUAAAGGAUAUUCUGUAAGUUACCCGUAUACUUCAAACUCUACAAAACGUCAAAAGCGAAAACAAACAAUAGUUGGCCAACUUGUUAAAUCCAAAGAAGAUCCUGAAUCCACCUAUUCAAAUUGUGUAUCGUCAUCUGAGAUCGUGUUAAAUUUACCAAAUAAACAUGUCUAUGAAGGUAUAUAAAUGAUAUUAUUGUUCUGUUUAUUCUUAGCAGUGAAAUAGUACAACCUAUUCACGAGUUCGUCAUUAGUUUCUAUUUAAAGCCUUAUUGUGAUGUUGGCUGAGUUUAAUUUAAAACGAAACGACACGGUAGCAUUUUUAUCACAAGACAUUUGCCGCCAACCAUUAUAAAGUUUUGGAUUGAUGCUUUGUUUUCCGGAGACCCUUCUUGAUUCGGUAUUUUAAUUGUAUAUCUACUGGUGCUCUUCACACUACGUUAUUCAACCCAACAAUGCAUAUGUACUAAAGAGAGAAACAGAAUGUGUAAAUAUUUCUUCUCAAUUAUUUUUUUCAUCAUGGCUCUACCUUGAUAUAUAUAUUUCAUCUACAACGGUAAAAAUUGUUUAGUCUGGGGAUUCCUACAAAUGAUUGCUUUGAUUAUUUACGGUAUCAUAUCAAUUAUCUAAUUAAUCACUCAAUGUUAUUGUCGUAAUCAGUUGUGAAAUUGUAUUAUCAUUAUGUAACACUAUAAUGGACGAGACUCAGGUGAGGACAACCGGCUUAUUAUUUAGUACAAAAUACAGAAUAUCUUGGUAAAGAGAACCAUACACUGAAUACUUCAUUGGCAAAUUUGCAUCCUUUGUCUUUCAUAUUCUGUAUAAUUCUUCCGAUUCACAAUUCCUUUCUGUUAUCUUCAGCUUGAUCUUCUUAGUCUUCUGCUGUUAGGUUUUCCAAUCCCGCUUGGUGUUGCAUACUACUUAUGUUUAUCAACAUAAGUAGCAUACAACAUAACACUACUACUCGGUUGGUAUUGUUUUAUUACUGUUUAUUAUAUUUAUGCAUAUAGAUAAGUGUAGAUCCAUGAUGAUAAGCUGAUUGGAAGUAAACAUUUGUUUGCUCUAUUGGCUAACUUCACACUUAAUAUCCAAGAGUGUAUAACGGAAAAACUAGAUAUGCUAAACUUGAAUAGUGUGUUUGUACUUCAGUAUAUUAAUUUAGACCUUAUAAUAACUUAUUACACUAUUCGAGUAUGAUUCCUGUUGAUGUGUGUCUGUACACUAUAAUUAAAGUUAUUGCUUUCUUCUUUUAACUGAAAAUAUGGUAAUAAUAUUCACUAAAAAAGAAAAAGCAAACAUUGAUUACAAUCAAUCAUUUAUGGUGAAAAUUUGAAAAGAAUAAAAAUUCGUGUAUCAAAUGGUUAUAUACUACUUACUUGUUACUCCUCAUGGAGGAGCGUAGGCCGCCCACCAACACUCUCCAUCCAACCGUAUCCUAGGC